AUGUCUCGUGCUUCAUAUAGGUGGCUCAUGGGGCUGUUGUCACAGCACUGCUGUGGAUAUUCUCCUGGGCAGUGCACCCUCCAACGAGCUGUGAGCUGCUGCUGUCAGCCCCAGCGUGCCGCUGCUGGCUGUCCCCUGAGCUAUGCCUGUGUGCUCAGGUCGUUGCGGCGUGUUUCGUCCCUCCGCCCCAACAUCCGCUUGUUCCCUGUGAUUCUGCUGCUCACCGGGUGUGGUUCGCACGUAUUCGUUAUGAGUGCUGAUUUCUUGUUAGCUUUGCAGUUCCGUAGGCAGAGUGAGGCGGAACGAACGACCUGCGAAGGGCCUUAG